CUGGGUAAUCUCACCAGGCCCCAUGGCCCUUCAUCCUGGACUCAGCCGCGUGGGAAUGGCAGGUGGAGAUGCAGCCCCCCGUGGCCGGCUGACGGGGGGGAGAUCCAGGCCGGUCGCCCCGACACCGGGACUCUGAGUUGCCGCGCUGCCCAGGAGGCAGCGGCUGUUUGCCAAACCCCAGAGGAAGGGGACAUCCUGGGCCAGUCCUGCGGGCAACUUAACUCCCAAGGUACCAUCGCAGCAGGGCACCAAGGAGCACCCACCGGGCCGGGGGGGACUGGUCCCCGCGGGUGCCUGCCAGUCCUCAGAACUCCUAAGGCAGCAGGGCCUCGCCAUGCCAGCCAAGACCCCCAUCUACCUGAAGACCUCGACGCCGAAGCGGGGCCGGAAGCUGCGGCUGCGGGACGUGCUGUCGAGCGACAUGAUCAGCCCGCCGCUGGGGGACUUCCGGCACAGCGCCCACAUCGGGCCGGAGGGCGAGGGCGACAUGUUCGGGGAACUCUCCUUCCUGCAGGGCAAGUACGACCUGCUGCCCAGCCUGGGCCGCCGCCUGGCCUCGCAGAGCACCCAGGCUGUGGGCCACGAGCCAGCCUGGGGCCCCUCCGCCGGCGGCUACCACAGCGUGCUCAAGAGCGCCGUCUCCGUGCCCGUCUUCAGCGGGGCACCGAGCCCGGAGCAGGCGCCCCCCAAGCCGCCUCGGCUGCACCUGGAGGAGGUGCCCGGCAGCCAGCGCUCCAUGUCCGUCAGCUGCGGCGAGGGCAGAUUCCACAGCGGCCAGGGCCUGGCCUUCUCCUCCAUCUCCCACUACGAGCAGCUGCCCUCCUCCAUCUCCUUCUCCGCCACCUCCUCUGAGGGCUCCUUCCCGGGCCCCUGGGGCCUAGGCUACGGCGCCCGGGUCAGCGCGGACACCCAGGAGCCCCCGUACUCCCCGGGGGCCUCUGUCCCGCACUCCGAGUCCCUGCUGGGCCUGGACCUGGACGUGGACCUGGGCCCCUCCAUCCUGGACGACGUGUUGCGGAUCAUGGAGGAGUACAAGCUGCCCAGAGCCAAGGCCGUGUAGAGCCGUCCUCCAUGCCAGGGAGGCUCCUUUCCCGCCCCCCAUCUGUGGGGGUGCCACUCACUCAGAGAACACCCUGACCUCUGCCCCGCGCCCCUGCCUUGGGCCCACGAGGGGCACCAUGGCCGCCUGGGCUCUGUGGGGAACCUGCUGGGACUGGCCCCCGGAGGGGACUGAGGGGCACGGCUUAGCCCCUGACCCAGCGCGGCUCCGGAACCGGCCUUGGGCGUCGCCUGGCAGAGGAGAACACGGUGCAUGGACGCUCCCUCCAGCUCUGCCUGGCCAGCAACACCAGUUGGACUUCAGGAAGUUUCAGGCCUUCAGAGCCCCCUGCCCGGCUCUGCCCCUGGGCGGGCUGGGCUCUGGGCCGGUGAGGAUAUGGGCCGAGCUGUGGGCCCAGCCCCUGGCUCCUCAUUCUGCGGCAGCCGGAGACUCGCGGGCCCCAUGGAAUGGGCUGCACCAGUGGGGACGCUCCUGGCGCUUUGCUGCUGCGCCUGCCUGGCUCCAGCCCUGGCCCCCGGGACCCAGCUCGGGGCUGCGGGAUCCUGGCCCACUGGGCACAGAACCCAUAUUUAAACCCUAACACCCCCCUCCCCCAGGGUAACCUCAGACCCCUCCCUCCCUAGGCCUUGGCUGGCCGCUGACCCCAGCGAGGGGCUCCUAUACGCUCUAGGGCCAGGGUGACCCCGUGUGAUUCACCACAGCAGGAAGAUCUGGGCUCCGCCCCCCCCCCCCCCCGUCACUGUGGCAGCAUCCUUACAUCUGAUCUGACCCCGCUCCUGCAGGGAGCCCUUCCCCAGGUCCCUGCGCAGGGAGCCUCGAGGACGGGACCGCCGGGGUGGGUGGGAAAGGACAGGGAGGUUUGGUGACCGGGAGGGUGUCACGGAGUCCCCGGGCGAUGCUCUGGAACUGCUCCCCACCAAGCCAGUCAGGACUCUG